AUGGCCGCUGGGUCAGACAGUACCGACUCAACUCUAUCCUCUCUCGUUGUUGUCGAAUUCCCAAUUGCGUCUCAAUCGGUUGACAUUACAUCUGGCGACCUCUCGUAUCGAUUUAACGUUCCAGAAUCGCUCUAUAACUACGUCAUAUUAUCAAGGGAUCGAUUUCUCAAUGCAACGAGUGAUGAUGCGCCCCAGAAAGAUCCGCCAGUAUCCAACCUUGAGUUGGUUGCCAAGUUUAUGAUCUUUCUGAUAGAACAUGGCGAGCUUCAAUGCGAGACACCAGUAUCAGCCAGAGAGGAUUCCAUUGCAAUGCUCUUUGAAAUAUUGGUGCUUGACUUUCUCCGAGGAUCGGAUAUCCAUACAGUGGCAUCACAGCUUCCCGGAACUUCGAGACAGCGACAAAUUGUCAUUCAAGCCUAUGUAGCUGCCAUGAUGUAUUCGACCAACUCCAGCUCGAUAGCAAGGGCCAAUUCGGCUCUUUUUCCUGCCAAUAAAGAGAAUUGCGCCAAGACAUAUGCUGUGUUUGGUGGUCAGGGCAACAGUACUGAUUAUUUUGAUGAGCUCCGAGACCUCUUCGCAACAUACACCUACUUUGUCGAGCCCCUUUUGAUGGUGGCUGAAAACACUCUUCGUCAAAUGUUGGCGGAAAUUUCAGAUUCCCAAAAAACACACUUUCAACAUGGUCUAUCGAUACUUCAUUGGCUGCAGAAGCCUGAGACAGCACCAGGAAACGAUUACCUACUGUCAGCACCCGUCAGUUUUCCCUUGAUUGGUCUUAUACAGUUUUUGAACUAUGCCGUUCUCUGUCGAUGCCAGAAGAUGUCUCCCGGAGAUGUUACUGGGCAUCUGCUCGGCAUGGCUGGGCACAGCCAAGGAAUCGUCGUUGCUGCAGCUCUCGCGACGGUAGCUGACUGGGAAUGCUUCGACAGUGCUCUCAUAAAGGCAACGACGGUACUGUUUCAUGUUGGAUUGGCCGCGCAAUACGCAACCCCAAAUGUCAGCAUUCCGUCAACAACUUUAUCAGAAUCACUAGCUAAUGGUGAGGGCUUUCCGACUCCAAUGUUGAAUGUCGCGGGUUGUCCUCGGGCGCAGCUUGAGCGAUACAUCUCCGACGUAAACGAUCAUUUGAACCCCCAACAGCAAGUAUCCAUUGGCCUUAUAAAUGGUCAGACCAACAUUGUCGUCUCCGGACCUGCACUCUCCCUCUGCGCCUUGACUUCGAUGCUACGACAAAUAAAGGCAAGUUCUGGAACAGAUCAAUCCAAAACAGCAUUCUCACUGCGGAAGCCCGAAUUCUCGCUCCGUUUUCUGCCCGUAACUGCUCCAUUUCACACAGAAUCCCUCGAAAACGCAGCCGCCAAUGCCCUCAGCAUGCUCUGCGGAGUUCAUAUUGCUGCGUCUGAACUUCAGUUGCCAGUCUACGACAGCCAUACAGGGGCUGAUCUUAGGUGCAGCAACACAACAGAUAUAGUCCCUGCCUUGGUGCGCAUGAUACUCUGUCAGCCUGAUGACUGGCCGCGGUCGACGGCUUUCCACGAUGCAACACAUGUUGUUGACUUUGGACCUGGCGGCCUAUCAGGCGUAGGGCCACUAUUGCACCGAAACAAGGAGGGGACAGGGGUGAGGGUGAUUCUCGCAGGUGGAGCUGAAAACAGCUACGAAGAAUUUGGAUGUCGAGCAGAACUGUUCUCUCCCGACCUAGUCUUCAACAAGAGCUGGGCACGAGCUUACUCGCCAAAACUCGUGCUGUCCAAAAAGGGCGAGCUUCAGAUUGAAAACCGGAUGACCAGAUUGUUGGGACUUCCGCCUGUGAUGGUGGCAGGGAUGACUCCGACGACUGCAUCCUGGACGUUUGUCAGCGCCAUCAUGAACUCGGGAUACCACGUGGAAUUGGCAGGAGGUGGAUUACACAACGUCGAGCAACUGACAUUCAAUGUCAGGAAUCUGGUGAAUUCCGUGCCCGUUGGAAGGGGUAUCUGUAUCAACAUCAUCUACGCCAAUCCCAAGCAACUUCGAUGGCAGAUCCCUCUAAUUCAGAAGCUGCGUUCCGAAGGCGUGCCCAUCGAUGGACUUGCAUUUGGUGCAGGAGUUCCAUCUAUAAACGUUGCCAAGGAGUUCGUGGAACUAGGGUUCAGAUAUCUUUCCUUCAAGCCUGGCUCGGCAUUUGCCAUCAAACAAGUCAUCGCGAUUGCGCAGUUAAACAAGACCUAUCCCGUAUUAAUGCAAUGGACAGGUGGUCGGGGCGGGGGCCAUCAUUCGUACGAAGACUUUCACGAGCCCAUCUUGAAGCUCUACGGCAGCGUACGUCGUUGCAACAACAUUGUUCUGCUAGCAGGAAGCGGCUUUGGUGGAGCGCAGGACAGUUAUCCAUACCUCUCGGGAAAGUGGUCCAUCCCGUUUGGGCGUCCGCCAAUGCCAUUCGAUGGCAUUCUUCUCGGCAGUCGAAUGAUGAUCGCAGCGGAGGCUCAGACGAGUCGAGGAUGCAAGAAAGCCAUCGUGGCCGCCCCAGGCGUCGACGACGAGUCCUCUUGGGAGCAAAGCUAUCUGAAGCCCACCGGGGGAAUCAUAACCGUCAAGAGCGAGAUGGGCGAACCCAUCCACAAAGUCGCCACAAGAGGUGUCAUGCUGUGGAAGGAGUUGGAUGACAAGAUAUUCAGUAUUACGGACAAGGCCAAGCGGUGCGAGAAGCUGCGAGGGAUGAAAUCGUACAUCAUUCAACGACUGAACGACGACUUUCAGAAAGUAUGGUUUGGUUUGAAUGGAUCCGGAAAGGCCGCCGACCUGGAAGAUAUGACGUAUGCCCAAGUAUUGCAUCGUCUGGUGCAACUGCUAUUCGUCUCCAAAGAAUCACGGUGGAUCGACUCGAGCUACAUGAUGCUGACCGUGGAUUUUGUACGGCGCAUGUAUGGCCGUCUUCUUCCGUCGAUGCCGCAACUGGAGAAGGGUUUCGGCCUUGUCCAUCCGCCGCUGGCCGUUCCCAUCAUCUUGAAGCAGUGUCCAAAAGCAGAGAAGCAACUCAUCAACUACAGCGACGCACGCUAUUUCGUGCUACUGUGCAAACGACCUGGUCAAAAGCCGCCUCCUUUCUUGGUAGACAUGGGCGAUGAUUUCGAGGUUUGGUUCAAGAAGGAUUCCCUCUGGCAAUCCGAGGACUUGGCCACUGUUGUGGGCGAAGAUGCUGGCCGAACGUGCAUUCUGCAGGGUCCCGUGGCAGCAAAACAUGCGGUCGUGGUAGAUGAGCCUGCCGAGAAAAUUCUUGGCUCCAUCAACAGUGGUUACGUGGCCAGAAUACUCAAAGACCGAUACGGCAACGACCCAUCUCGGGUCCCAUCGUGGAGGUCAGAGUCGACCGCAUCGUGGACCGCCUCACCUGCUCCUCCCCAUUGCCUCGUCUUCCGAGAAGGCAACAAGACGCAUUACCACGUCACCGGCUCAGCUGGGGAUGACCAAGUACCGGAUACUGAACAGUGGUUAAGAGUGCUCGCUGGACGGCCCGGGAGCUGGAUGCAUGCCUUGCUCACUUGCGAGUAUGUUUGUCAAGAUUCCCACAUGGCUACAAACCCUGUCCGGCGAGCCCUGUCUCCUGCCCAGGAAAUGCAUGUCGAGGUAACUGAGGGAGCCGAUCCAGAGGAGUUGGUACUUGCGGUGUUGGAACUUGGGUCAAAGAGUGCCCAUUCGGAUCCCUCAACGUACUCUCUCGUCAUACGAAAAGAACGGGAGAUUCUGGUCACAUUCUUUGCCAACGAAAGUGUUGAGGGAGACGCCGUCCCGUUGACGUUCAGGUUCACCUACCAUCCAGAAAUGGCACUUUACCCGAUUCAUGAGAUAAUGGAAGGCCGAAAGGACUUGAUACGGGCGUUUUAUUAUCGUUUGUGGUUUGGAUCCGUGAGAGAUGACCAGGAUCAAAGCCUAGAAACUCUCCCAACCUGUCGGGCAAGACGUUCGUAUCGGUGCGGCAACAUCGUCGCAGAUACCGAUGCCAGUCUGUCAAUUUCCCUCUACACUGGCCUUGUACCUCAACUAGGGAGCUCGGAGUCCUGUUCGGGUCCGGCCAUGAGAAGUUUGUCCUUUGGUCAGGGGUUCCCAGCAGACGGUGGCUUCCGAGGCUGCAGGGUAUCCAUCUCCGCCCCCAUGGUCCAGGACUUCAAAGCCAGCAUCUCGCAGGCAACUGGCAAGAUAUGGUCGGGUCUGGAAAAUAACACGGUGCCGCUCGAUUUUGCCAUUGUGGUCGCUUGGAACGCCAUGAUGAGAGCUAUCUUCCCGAGCGUCAUCGACGGUGACUUUCUCCAGCUAGUUCAUUUAUCCAACAAAUUUGAAGUCAUCAAUGACAGCGCGCCGUUGUGCCAGGACGACCAGGUCAAUACCUGUGCCAAGCUUAUGGCAAUUCGCAACGAAGCCGCGGGACGUGUGGUCAAGAUCGAAGCCACGGUGGAGAGGAAAGGCACGCCAAUCAUUCAACUGGUGUCCGAGUUCCUCUUCCGAGGAUGCUAUACCGACGAAGGCAUCUGCUUCGAAAUUCAGGCUCAGCCAGGGAUGUGCAUCAAAUUAGACAGCCCAGUGAAGCUCGCCGUCUUGAAAAGCAAGAGCUGGAUAGAGUUUGCCGAUACCACCAUCGACCUGUUGGGCCAGACUGUCAUUUUUACUCUGACGAGCGUGAGCCGUCAUGAUGCUGGCUCCAAGCAUCACAUGGUUCAUACGUAUGGCCAAGUACGUAUCAAGAGCGCCGGUGCGAAGAGGCAGAAAGUGAUAGCGGCCGUCUGCCACGAGGAGGCGAACUCUUCCACGAAUGCAGUCAUGGAUUACCUGCGUCGCCACGGAUCCCCGACGGAAGUCAUUCAUCAGCAGGCAAACCCGCAACGUCUGGGAGAGCCAGAGGCGUGCCGAAUCAGCGUACCGGCGGCCAACCACGGCUACUCUCGCGCGUCCGGGGACUACAACCCCAUCCACGUCUCCUUGCCGUUUGCCAGAUACGCCAACCUGCCGGGCACGAUCACGCACGGAAUGUUGACGAGCGCCGCCGUGCGACAGGUGGUGGAGAAGGCGGCAGGGGUCAACGAAAGGGUUCGCAUGCGGUCGUACAAGGCGGUCUUUGUCGACAUGGUUCUCCCGGGUGACAGGCUAGAAGUGCAAGUGCAGCACAGCGGCAUGAAGAGCGGGCAACGGAUGCUUUUGUUUUCGGUCAUCAACGCCGACACCGGUGCCAAAGUCGUCGUUGGUGAUGCCGAGGUUGACCAGCCGCCCUCGGCGUACGUCUUUACUGGUCAAGGCAGUCAGUCAAUCGGAAUGGGCAUGGAUCUGUACGGCAUGUGCGACAUUGCACGAGAUGUGUGGGAUACCGCCGAUGCGUUUUACUCGGACACUUACGGUACAAGCUUCACACUCCAUCAUCCCGUCUCGUCGAGGAAGCAUGCUGACAACCUGACAACCGCAGGCUUCCGGAUCAGCGAAAUCGUCAAGAAUAACCCGAAGCAACUGACGGUCCACUUUGGCGGCGCACGCGGUCGAAAGAUACGGCAGAACUACAUGGAUAUGACGGUCGAAAGCGACGGCGAGCAGGUGCCCCUGUUCGGACGCAUGACGCCAACGACGGCCAAGCACAGCUUCCGGCACGGUGCCGGACUGCUAUACAGCACCGAGUUUGCUCAGGCGGCGCUCGCAGUCAACGGACAUGCGCAGUUUCUUCAUCUCCGGUCGAAGGGAGUCGUGGAUGCCGAGGCGCUCUUUGCCGGCCACUCGCUCGGCGAGUACACGGCGCUGAGCACCAUCGGGGCCAUGAUGCCAUUCGACAAGCUGCUGUCGGUCGUCUUCUACCGCGGCCUCUGCAUGCAAUCGGCCGUUCCCCGCGACGUCAACGGGCGCUCCGACUUUUCGCUCAUGGCCGUCAACCCGCGGCGCAUGCAGGCGAGCAUGACGACGGAGUCGCUGCAGGCGCUCGUCGGCGCCAUCGCAGCCGCCACCGGCUGCUUGCUGGAGCUAGUCAACCACAACGUCGCCGGCCAGCAGUACGUGGCGGCAGGGUCGCUCGCAGGCCUCGACUGCCUCUCGCGGGUGGCGGAUCACAUGGCUCGGCACGCGGCCGACUUUGACGCCUGUCAGCCGGAGGCCGCGGCCAAGGCCGAAGCCCUCGUGGCAGCCUGCGCCGAGGACGUGGCCCAGGAGGCACGGCCCAUCCGACUCGGACGCGGCGUGGCCACGACGCCGCUGGAAGGAAUCGACGUGCCCUUCCACAGCCGCUUCCUGCUGCCCCAGAUGCCGGCAUUCCGGCGCGUCCUGCAGAGGUACAUUACGGCCGAGGCCAUCGACGCCCGGAGGCUCGUGGGAAAGUACGUGAGCAAUGUGACGGGCAAGGAGUUUGACGUAUCGCACGAGGCGGUGCGAGAGGUGUACGAGAUGACGGGAAGCGAGGUGCUCGGGGAUCUGCUGCUGGACUUUGAGGGCCGCUGCUGA